AUUAAAGGCAAAACCAACAAUCGAACAAUUUUAUCGUUAUUAGUUUCGCCAACAGUCAUUGAACAAGUUGCAAGUCAUAUUAAACAAGGAAACCUUGAGUCCGCCUUAGAGACAAAAUUUCGCUCGCUGCUCGAAGAAAUGUUUAUCAAUUGGACAACACAGAUACAUGAAAUUAUACAAGAGAAAUCAGAUUGUGUCCACAGUUCCAACACGCCGGCAGCAGCCAGAGCAAUGAAAUCUUCUAUUGUAACAGUCACAACGCCACAGCAAGAAAUACAUUUCUGGUUAAAUCGUCAGCAAAAUUUACAAAACAUCUACAAUCAAUUAAGAGAAAGCUCUCACAAAACUCUAGCAUUUAUAUUAGAAUCCAUAGAUUCUGCCUACUAUCUACCAUUUAUGAAAAUUUUCAAGCGACUUAUUUUUGCCUGGCAAGAAUCCAAGGACAUAACCUUAUGGCUGCAGCCAUUAUUGCGCCAAACGGCCACUUUUAAUGCGGUAAAUUUCUGUAAUGCCCAGGAAUUAAUUGCUCCCUUGGUGCAUGUUAUCCAUUUAAUAUGGUCUAACGCUCGUCAUUAUCGCACUACUCAACGUAUGACGGUGCUAUUGCGUUGUAUUUGUAAUUUAAUGGUACGUAGGGCAGCAGAAGAUUUAGAGGUUUCUACACUCUUUCAUACUGAAGCCGAUGAGGGUCUUUUGAAGAUCUGCAGAACCAUAGAAAUUUUGGAAAUGUUUAAAUCCAAACUUUUGGAGUAUAAAACAAAGUAUACCAGUAAUCAAACUAUAUUACCAGCUUUGCCUCCUUUGGUUUCAAGUCCUGCUCCAGCAGAUUCUUUGCCAUUUUCUCCCCCAUCGAUGGAGUUACAGCAGUUGUGGCGUUUUUCCAAUGAAGAUGUUUUUGGUUUAGCUUUUAAUGGUUUCCUGGAACAACUGUUGGAAUUACAAACAAUAUUUGAAGCUGCUGUUACUUUUCAAAGUUUAGAGAAAUUGGAAAUUGGUGGCAGUCGUGGUAAAAUGUUAACCGAUAGAAUACGUCAGAUACACUCGGAAUUCAAACUACUGUUUGAGGACUGGACUAAACUGGAAAUCGAUUUGGGUCAAUCACCCACAUUAAAAGACAAACCUUUAAAAGAGAAACAGAUUAUUUUUUUCCAACGCAUGCAUGUAUUAGAGAAAAAAUUAGCCACCAUAUUGCAGCAAGCCUACAAUGAUUGUCACAACUGGGAGCAACUCGCAAAGCUUACAACAAUGUUUGCCAAUAUCGUGCAACGACAAACCAUUCAAACCGAAUUAAUGGUAAUUUUACCGCACAUCUUUAGCGUAUUGAAGGAAGAAUUGCUUUUGAUUGAAACCAUUGUCAGUGAAGUGCUAUUGGCAUUUGAAUAUAAAGGUGUUGAAGCCAUACCAAUGGAAAUGAAUUUUCCAACUAUAGCUGGUGCCAUGAUGUGGUUGGAGAAUUAUAUGAAAAGAUGCGAUGUAUUUGCUGGCAAUGAAUUGAAUGCUUUAAUAACUACACUUCUUACUGCUGACAAUCCUUUAAGUUCACAAUAUGAAAAGUUGACUGCUCGACGCGAUAUUUUGACAACAAAACUUAGUAAUUUGCAGUUGAAAAUUUGGAACAAUUGGCAGCAGACAAUUGAGAAACGCAUUGCCAAAGGACUCGAUUCAAAAGUGAUGAUGAUGACGAUGUCGACAAUGAAACCAAAAAACCAACAACAGCAACAAAAUUGUACUAGUAGUUCUGUUGAAAAUCUAGCAGAAGCUGAAGGUUACACUGAUGUGAGUAUUAGAUGUAGAAGCAGUGACUGUGUUAGUAAGCGAAAUAAAAAACUCAAAAACACCUGGCUGGCCAACAACCAAGCUCAAUCCUAUUCUUCUCCAACCAAUGCUUCUGCUGCUUAUUGUCAUCAUGUCAACACUGCUUUAACUGACAAAACCGAUUCUACUUUUGGAUUUUUAUACAAUUCUAAUGAAAGACUUUGUAAUGCUUUGGCAGAGGACGAUGUUUUAAAUAAAUCAUCAUUUGUUAGUGACAUGAAAAUCCUGAAAAUCAAUUUAUCCAUAGAACUUUUUACCUUAUUGAGGGAAACGAAAUAUAUGUUAGCUCUACAAGAAAUUCAUAAGAGACAAAAACAUCAGGGCGAGACUACAGCUACAACUACAUCUUCCAAUAGCCAGUUAACAACACAAUUAACAGUUGUGUCUCUAACUCAGCAACAUCAGCAACUGCAUUUACAACAGCAGCAACAACAACCUCAUCAGUUGCCUUUAACACUUUUAGAUUUGUACGCACAGCGCGAUAUAUUUUGGCAGCGUAAGAUCAAACUAAUGAAAAUCGCCGAAUACUACAACAGCAUCAGGGAGGGCUUAAAUACAUCCAACGAAAUGCAAUUAAUUCAGCCUGUAGUCGAUGUCAUCGAUGAACGUGUGGAAUGCGCUAGCAAAACAUUGACAUGGCGGUACUUUGAUGCGGAACUUGUCGAUGAUAUUUAUAAGAAAACGCAAACAUUACAUUCACGCCUGCAAGACACACGUAAAAAUAUACAAACUAUACUUGAUAGUGUUAGACGCUGGAGUCGUGAACCUUUGCAUCAGCGUAGUCUUUAUGGCAAAAAUUUGCUGGAAUUGAAACACCAAAAAGAACGUCUAAGGACUCGCGUUAUGCAAUGUGAAGAAACAAAAUUGCUGCUGAAUCGUUUGUUAAUAGAAAAUUUCUAUUUAUUCUUUAAUUAUGGAAAACAGGAGAAAGAUAUACAGGACAAAAACAUACUAGAGUUUCUUCGUCUUUUCCCUGAACAUCAACGCAGCAAAUACAUUUCAUAUUUAAAAUCCAUUGAUGAUUUAAUUUAUCAAGAAGUAAAAUAUGCCAUGAAAAUCAGCUUAGAGUAUUUGUACAAUGAAAUGUCUACAACCGCAACAACGACAGUGCAAUCAGCAACAGCUACAGAAAACAACAACGCAACAACGUCGGCAGCAAAUUCAAAGUUGGCUUUAGCAACAAUAACGGAAACUAAAACCAGGACAUUUUAUUAUCACCCCUUAAAAAACAUGAAAUCAAUGGAAACGUCAACGAAAACAACAGUAACAGCAACAACGACAAUUAACGUGGAAGUCACAUCCCCAUCAUCGUUGUUGUCGUCAUCACCAACAACAACAACAACUAAAAGCACCACAACAAACGCCAAACACUUUCUACCCGAACUACUUAAAAACAGCCAAAGCCAAAAUCAACAACACGUAUACGAGAAGCAUGAAUUACAACCUUUACCAUUGACUACAGCUCCUACAACCAAAACUCUACUACUACAACCUCUCACACCCAAUAAAUUAACAAGGCGCCCACUUUCCUCCUCCUGCUCCCCCUUAUCAUCAAAAAUAUGCCUUAGGGAGCCCAUAACCUCCGCCAUCAACAUAAAAUCUCCUUUGUUUGAGGUGAAAUUGGAAUUGUUGGGCAUGCAAAUACGCUUUCAGCCAACUUUCGAGUCAAACGUGGAAAAUAAUUUUCAACAAAUUGUUGAACAACUACUGCAAGAUAUCAGCAGGGCCUGCAACUGUAUGCCACGUAUAUUUCGUGACAACAGUACAACACUAUCGUCAGACGAUGAAUGGGGCGAUAUUUACGCGGAGCCUACUACAAAAGCUAAACAAAUUCAUGAUUACAGGAAUCGGCAGCCAAAUAAAGGCAGACAGCAUGAAGACAUUAUUGCAAGUCAGGUAGUUGGUAAAAUAGAUACAACUACUACAGCUAUGACAAAUAAAACAUUUGCAGCGGCAACCAUAAAAGAUGUUGAAAUAAAACAACUGAAUACGAAUAUAAGAAAAAUUGUCAGCGAAACGUUAAAUGCUGCUAAAUUGUAUGCCCUGCAAUUCGAAGCGUAUAAACAUUUAUGGUGUGAAAAAUAUUCAAAUGUUUUGAAUCAGCACUUAAAGGAUAUAAAAGUAGCAACAACCACAACAAAACAACAAAGUAAAGGAAAUGAACAAAAGCAGGAUUUUACCAUAAAUAAAGAAUAUUAUGUAAUGGAAACAUUUAAACGUGAGAUUGAGCGUUACAAUGAACUUCAUGAUGACAUUGAGCUACGGAAUGACUUCCAUAAUGUCAAUGGCUGGUUGUCAAUUGAUAUUAAACCCUUAAAAUAUACAUUGCUAAAUAUGACUUGCAAGUGGUCACAAUAUUUUAAGAAAAGGCUUCUUCGUUAUGUGGAAACUACACUGGAAAAAUUUAACAAAUUCAUUAAAAACGGCUUUGAAUUACUGCAACUUCAUGUUGCACGUAAUGAUUUUCGCACUUUGCUGCAAGUGCUUGAAGUGAUGGCGCAAAUUAAACAACGUGAAGCUUACGCUGAUAAUCUAUUUAAGCCACUCAAGGAAAUGAUGCAACUACUAAAGACCUACAAUGUUCAAUACGACGGACAAUUAGUGCGCAACAUUGAUCAGUUGCCGGUUCAGUGGCAACAUCUUAAAGCACAGGCCGUCACAAAGUCAGAAGCUCUGCAAGAUACAAAAAGGCAUCAGCAGCAAAGAGUAUCAGCCAUAAUCAUGUUGUACAUGUGUCAUUUGCAAAUAUUUGCUAAGAAAUUCCAAAAAAUGGCGUUUUUUCAAACGCCUUGUUCAGAAGUUUAUAGUCUAUGCGAUGAAGUUUGUUUGAAAAUGGAAUGCUUCACUGCACAACAUGAACGUAUUUCCUAUUGCUCCCAGCUGCUUGGUAUUGCUGCACCGGAUGAUGAUACCUUGCGUUUGUGUGCUGCUGAAGUGAGACGCGUCAAACAAUUGUGGGACUUUGUACAUGUCAUCGAAUCUUGUAUUGAUGAUUGGCGCUCAUCUCCAUGGCUGCACAUUGACACCGAUGACAUCGAAAACGAGUGCAAACAAUUUACGCGCGACUUACGCACUCUUGACAAAAGCAUACGCGAAUGGUCGCCUUAUUUGUAUAUUGUUGGAGUGUUGAGAGAAUUAGUUGCAUCGUUGCGUACUAUUACCGAAUUGCAAAAUCCAGCAAUUACCGAACGUCAUUGGAUGGAAUUGAUGCAUGUAACAAAGCUUACUUUCAAAACCCACCCAUCUACCACCCUCGAAGACCUUUUGAAACUUGAACUACACAAACAUGAAGAGGAUAUCAAAAAUACCGUCGAUCGUGCCAUUAAAGAAAUGAGUGUUACCAAAAUUCUAGAUGAGAUAAAAGCCACCUGGUCUGAUAUAAAAUUCGAUACCGAAAUCCAUCAGCAACGUGCUGACAUUCGAUUACUUAAAGUAUCCGAAGGUCUUAUCGAAACUUUGGAUGACAAUCAAAUGCAAAUACAAAAUAUUGCCACCUCCAAACAUGUAGAAUACCUUUUGGAUAAACUCACCCAUUGGCAGCGAGUAUUAAGUAGUGUGGAUUUAUUUAUAAGCAAUUGGUUUGAUGUGCAAAGAAAAUGGGUUUAUUUGGAGUGUAUUUUCAUAGGCUCUCCGGAUAUAAGAGCACAACUGCCACAGGAAGCUCAAUUUUUCGAAGAAAUUGAUGAGGAUUUUACCCAACUCCUUAAAGAAGUAACCGGAGUACGUUAUGCUAUAGUUAUAGUGCAAGAUCACCAGCAUGUAUUUUCUUCGUUGGCUAUACUGCAGAAACGUCUGUCGGUUUGUGAAAAGGCUUUGAAUGAAUAUUUGGAAACCAAACGCUUGGCAUUUCCCCGCUUCUACUUCAUAUCAUCGGCUGAUUUGUUGGAUAUUUUAUCAAAUGGCAAUAAUCCUUUAGUUAUAGAUCGCCAUUUUAUAAAACUAUUUGACUCGAUUCUACGUUUAGCCUAUGAAUCCACUACCAAAAAAGCUUUGGGUAUGUUUUCUAAAGAAAAUGAUGAAUAUGUUCAUUUCACCUCUCCACAAGGUGUUUUAUGUUCUGGUCGUGUGGAAAUUUGGCUUAACGAUCUUAUCAAUGAAAUGCGCAGCACUUUGCAUGAACUCUUCAAAAGAGCCUUAAAUGUUUAUCUGGAAAAGACUCGCGAUAAAUGGCUUAACGAUUGGCCAGCUCAAGUGGCUUUAUGUUGCAGUCAAAUCUGUUGGACUGCCGAUGUUAAUCGUGCCUUUGCCUGGAUGGAGGAAGGUUAUGAGGCGGCCAUGAAAGAAUUACACAAGAGGCAAAUAAUUCAGCUGAAUGCUUUGAUUAAUUUAUUGCUAGGAGAACUGACACCAGGAGAUCGUCAGAAAAUAAUGACCUUGUGUACCAUAGAUGUGCAUUCCCGUGAUGUGGUGGGCAAAAUCAUACAGGCACGUGUCGACAGUUCAUUGGCCUUCCAAUGGCAGAGUCAAUUGCGCCAUCGUUGGGAUGAUGACACUUUGGUGGGUGGCACGAGUGGUGAAUUAGAAAGGGAUGCUGAUUGUUUUGCAAAUAUUUGCGAUGCUGAAUUUCGUUAUGCCUACGAAUAUUUGGGCAAUACAUCACGUUUAGUUAUAACACCAUUAACGGAUCGAUGUUAUAUUACAUUAACACAGUCAUUGCAUCUUGUUAUGGGUGGUGCACCAGCCGGGCCAGCUGGUACUGGAAAAACCGAAACCACAAAAGAUCUAGGACGUGCACUGGGCGUAAUGGUUUAUGUGUUCAAUUGUUCUGAGCAAAUGGACUAUAAAUCCUGUGGUAAUAUUUACAAAGGUCUUGCACAGACAGGUGCAUGGGGUUGCUUUGAUGAAUUCAAUCGCAUCUCGGUGGAGGUGCUGUCUGUGGUUGCGGUGCAAGUUAAGACCAUACAGGAGGCUAUAAAGAUGCACAAAACAUCAUUCGUAUUCAUGGGAGAAACAAUACCUUUGGUGUCAUCGAUUGGCAUUUUUAUUACCAUGAAUCCUGGUUAUGCUGGCCGUACUGAAUUGCCUGAGAAUCUUAAGAGUUUGUUUCGUCCUUGUGCCAUGAUUGUGCCCGAUUUCGCAUUGAUAUGUGAAAUUAUGCUUAUGGCUGAAGGUUUCCAAGAUGCUCGGUUAUUGGCUCGUAAAUUUAUUACUUUAUAUACCUUGUGUAAGGAGUUGCUGUCCAAACAGGACCAUUAUGAUUGGGGCUUGAGAGCCAUAAAGUCGGUAUUAGUGGUGGCUGGAACUUUGAAAAGAGAUGACCAUAGUCGUCCUGAAGAUCAAGUUUUAAUGAGAGCCUUAAGAGAUUUUAAUAUACCCAAAAUUGUCACCGAAGAUAUAUCUAUCUUUAUGGGACUAAUAGGUGAUCUGUUUCCGGCUUUAGAUGUGCCCCGCAAAAGAGUGUUCGAUUUUGAAAAAACCAUACGUCGAGCAGUCAAUGAUAUUAAACUUCAACCGGAAGAAGGAUUUUUAAUGAAGGUAGUACAAUUGCAAGAACUCUUGGACGUACGUCAUUCCGUGUUUAUAGUGGGUAAUGCUGGCACCGGGAAGACCAAAAUUUGGCAAACUUUGCGAGAAACAUAUCGUAUACAAAAACUUAAACCCGUUUGCAAUAUUCUUAAUCCAAAGGCCUUAACCAAUGAUGAACUAUUUGGCAUUGUUAAUCCCACUACGAGAGAAUGGAAGGAUGGUUUAUUCUCUUCUAUAAUGAGAGAACAGGCCAAUAUGACAAACACUAACCCCAAGUGGAUUGUAUUGGAUGGUGAUAUUGAUCCUAUGUGGAUUGAAAGUUUAAAUACUCUAAUGGAUGAUAAUAAAAUUUUAACAUUGGCCAAUAAUGAACGCAUUUCAUUAAAGAAAGAAAUGCGUUUGUUGUUUGAGGUAGGUCAUUUAAAGGCCGCCACACCGGCCACAGUUUCCAGAGCUGGUAUAUUGUACAUAAAUCCUUUGGAUUUAGGUUGGUCUCCUUACGUUUCAUCUUGGCUGGAAACACGUUCUGAUAUGAUUGAACGCGGUAUUUUAACUGGUCUCUUUGAAAAGUAUUUCCCCAAACUUUUACUAAGGCAUAGAGAUUUCCGUCGUAUUAUUCCCAUUUCGGAUAUAGCUGUCAUACAAAUGUCUUGCAAUCUAUUGGAAUGUUUACUCGAUUCUCAGGUUGAACCUGAUGUCACACCCUCAACCAAUGUCGUGAAUCCUCAUAGUUUACAUCACAGUGGUGUAGCUCCCGAUUCCUUGGAAUUGUACAUUGAAUUAAUAUUUGUCUAUGCCGUUAUGUGGGGCUUUGGUUCGGCUUUGUAUCAGGAUCAUAUAAUCGAUUGGCAUCGGGAAUUUCAUAAAUGGUGGACAACAGAAUUCAAAGAUAUUAAACUACCUUCCCAUGGCACAAUAUACGAUUAUUAUUUGGAUGUUAGGUCAGAGAAAUUCAUCCGCUGGUCAGAGUUGGCUAGUCAAAAACAAAUGCCCGUUCUACCAGAGCCCCACUUACCCAUACAAAAUAUAUUAAUACCCACUAUUGAAACCACUCGUCUGGUAUAUUUUCUAGAACUUUUGGUAAAUCGUAAUCUGCCCUGUAUGCUGGUGGGUAAUUCAGGAUGUGGCAAAGGAGCCAUAUUCCGUGAAUUCUUCUCUUUAUACGCUAAUGCUCAAGAUUCAAUCGAUGUCUUAGGGGUUAAACCACAACUUCCCAAUUCAAGACGUUUAUCUCAAGCAACUCCUAAAUUAAAGGCAUUAAUAUCCACCACAGUGCAAACAACUCACUUCAAUUUCUAUACAUCAUCGGAAAUAUUUCAAAAAAUACUUGACCGUCCUUUGGAAAAGAAGUCGGGCAGAACAUAUGCCCCCUCGGGCGCCAAAAGACGUUUAAUAUAUUUCAUUAAUGAUUUAAAUAUGCCGGAAGUGGAUGCUUAUGGCACCGUACAGCCUCACACAAUAAUGCGACAAUUUAUGGACUACAAACAAUGGUAUGAUCGUCAAUGUCUGCAAUUAAAAAACAUACGUUACUGUCAAUUUGCUGCCUGCAUGAAUCCCACAGCUGGCUCUUUUACCAUUGAUCCCCGCUUACAAAGACACUUUUGUGUCUUCUCUGUUGCCUCUCCUAGUGAAUUUACUUUGCAAUAUGUUUAUGGCAGCAUAUUAAGCGCACAUUUAGAAAAUCCCUCCAAUAGUUUUAGCAAGGAAAUUAAAUCCAUUGGUCAGGUCUUAGUUAAAGUGGGCAUAGCUCUGCAUAAACGCAUGGAAUGUGGCUUCCUACCAACAGCCGUUAAGUUCCACUAUAUCUUUAAUAUGCGCGACUUGACUCACAUUUAUCAGGGUCUAUUGAAUAGCUUGGGUGCUCCCAAUAUCGAAACCAACAAUAUGGUCUGUACGAGAAAUUUUGGCGGUACGAUUUGUAAUAAACCAGCCGAUCUUAUACGUCUUUAUGUUCAUGAAGCUUUUCGUGUAUACCACGAUCGUUUAGUAGAUCCUUAUGAUAUUAAAUCAUUUCGCAGUUCUAUACGCGAUAUAUUCAAAAAAGAUAUAGAGGACUUUGAUGAGGAGUAUGUAUUCUCGGAUCCAUUAAUCUAUUGUCAUUUUGCUCAGUCGCUAGCAGAUCAGAAGUACAUGCCCUUAAAGAGCUGGGAUUGUUUGUAUCAACUGUUAAUGGAGGCUCAGGCAAAUUAUAAUGAAGUUAUUGGUUACAUGAAUCUGGUGCUAUUCGAGGAUGCCAUGAAACAUGUGUGUCGUAUCAAUCGUAUAUUGGAGAGUCCUCGCAAUAAUGUUCUACUGGUGGGUGUGGGAGGUUCGGGUAAACAAACUCUAGCCCGUUUAGCUUCCUUUAUUUCCUCGUUUAGUGUUUUUCAAAUACAAAUAAAACGAGGAUUUUCCCUGCAAGACAUGAAGGAGGAAAUUGGAGCACUCUACAUGAAAGUUGGUUUGAAAAAUAUGGCCUCAGUAUUUCUAAUGUCCGAUGCUCAAAUACCCGAUGAAUCUCUACUAAUGCUUAUAAAUGAUUUGCUAGCGGCUGGUGAAAUACCCGAACUAUUCAGUGAUGAUCAACUAGAUACCAUAGUCAAUGGCAUACGCAAUGAGGUUAAACAAAGCGGUACUCUCGAUACUAAAGAAAAUUGCUGGAGAUUUUUUGUAGAUAAAGUAAGACGACUACUACGUUUAAUACUCUGCUUUUCACCGGUGGGUCAAACAUUACGUGUACGUGCUCGUAAAUUUCCCGCCAUACUAAGUCACACCUGCAUUGAUUGGUUUCAUGAAUGGCCAAAGUCAGCUUUGGAAUCUGUAUCACAAACAUUUUUAAGCGAAAUUAACCCACAAAUAUUACCACGUGAACUUAUUAAUCCUGUCGGUUGUUUUAUGGCCUACGUACAUGGUACAGUGAAUCAGAUUUCAAAGAUUUAUUUGCAAAACGAAAAACGUUAUAAUUAUACGACACCGAAAACAUUUCUCGAAUACGUAUUUCUAUACCGCAAAUUGUUGGUGGAUCGGAGUGGUGAACAUACAAGCCGUAUACAACGCUUACAGAGUGGCAUGGCAAAAUUGGCAGAAUGUGCACGUCAAGUAGAUACACUAAAGAAUCAAUUGGCCGUACAGGAAAUUGAAUUAAAUGCUAAAAAUGCUGCUGCCGAUAAACUCAUAUUGAUUGUCAGUGCCGAAAGUGAAAAAGUUAAACAUGAAAAACAUAUUGCUUCGGAAGAAGAGAAACGAGUACGUAUUAUCGAGGAAGAUGUUACGUUAAAGACAAAACUAUGUGAAGAUGAUUUACGUAAAGCUGAACCAGCUUUAGUUGCUGCCCAGGCUGCUCUGAAUACUUUGAAUAAAAAUAAUUUGACGGAGUUGAAGUCGUUUGGAUCUCCGCCCAAGGCUGUGGUGAAUGUAUGUUCAGCUGUAAUGGUUUUAUUUGCUGUGAAUGGUAAAAUUCCCAGAGAUCGUAGCUGGAAGGCGGCCAAAUUAAUGAUGGUUCGAGUGGAUCAGUUUUUGAAUGAUUUAGUCAAUUACAAUAAGGAUAAUAUACAUCCGAAUGUAAUUGAGGUAUUGCAGGAAUAUUUGAAGGAUCCCGAGUUCAAACCCGAUAAAAUCGUUCAAAAAUCUGUAGCAGCUGCCGGUCUAUGCGCCUGGGUCAUCAAUAUACAUCGCUACCAUCAAGUUUUCCUGAUUGUGGGUCCCAAACAACAGGCGCUUAAGGAUUCCCAAAAUGAACUGUCGGCCGCUAGAGAGCGCCUUGAUUAUCUAAAAGUGAAAAUCAAUAAUUUGGAGCGAAAACUAAGCGAAAUUCAAGCUGAAUUUGAAGAUGCCGUAAAAGAGAAACAAAAAUGUCAACAUGAGGCUGAUAAAACCACGUUCACUAUCGAUUUAGCACAUCGUCUAGUCAAUGGUUUGGCUAAUGAGAAUAUUCGAUGGAAGGAAUCUGUGCAGAAUCUACAGUCGAAGAGUUCGACACUACCUGGUGAUAUCCUGCUAAUUUCCUCUUUUCUGUCGUAUGCUGGUUGCUUUACACGUCGUUAUCGCGAAGAGUUGCAGCAGAAAAUGUGGAUGUCAAACUUUCGUAAAAUUCAACCUCCCAUUCCGCAUACAGAUUGUUUGGAUCAUUUGUCAUUGUUCACCGAUGAUGCCCAAAUAGCAACUUGGAAUAAUGAAGGCUUGCCAAUGGAUCGUAUGUCCACUGAAAAUGCCACUAUUCUAGUGCAUUCCACACGUUGGCCUCUUAUGAUUGAUCCGCAAUUACAAGGCAUCAAAUGGAUUAAGAAUCGUUUUGGGGAUGCGCUCAUUAUUAUACGUCUCACACAAAAGAAUUUCCUUGACACAUUGGAGAAAGCCAUGUCCAAUGGAGACACUGUACUCCUCGAACAAAUCGAAGAAACUGUGGAUACUGUACUCGAACCUUUACUCAGUCGGGCUUUGAUUAAACGUGGUCGUUUCAUAAGAAUUGGAGAUAAAGAACUUGAUUUCAAUCCGAAAUUUCGACUAAUACUUCACACAAAACUAGCAAAUCCUCACUAUAAACCAGAAAUGCAAGCUCAGACCACACUUAUAAAUUUCACCGUUACUCAAGAUGGUUUGGAAGAACAGCUUUUAGCGGAAGUGGUCAAAAUUGAAAGACCCGAUUUGGAGGAAAUGAAAACGGAACUAACUAUACAACAAAAUAAAUUUAAAAUUUCCCUUAAGGAACUGGAAGAUGAUCUGUUGGCUCGUUUGGCCUCGGCAGGAGAAAAUGUCUUGGAUGAUUAUGAACUGGUGGCCAAUUUGGAGUCUACCAAGCAUACUGUAGAUGAAAUAGAAAUAAAGGUGAAUGAAGCACGUGUUACUACCCUACAAAUCGAUGAGGCCCGUAAUAUGUAUAGAGCGGCCGCCAAACGUGCCGCCAUUUUAUAUUUUGUACUCUCUGACUUAAGUCGUAUAAGUCCUAUAUAUAGAUUUUCCUUAAAAUCUUUUAUGCAUGUCUUCAGGCAGGCUAUUGUAGUGGCUCCCCAAUAUAGACAAUAUGAAAAACGUGUUAGUUCUUUGGUGGACUCAAUAACUUGCCAAACUUUUUAUUAUGCCUUAAGGGGACUAUUUGAGGUUGAUAAAUUGACUUUUACCGCUCACAUGACUUUGCGUAUCUUGGCUGCUAACGAACAGAUUUCUCUAGAAGAAAUAGAUUUUCUUUUGCGUUUUCCUCAUGAUCCCAAUACCUUAUCGCCAGUAGAUUUUAUAGGACGCAUUGCUUGGAGUGGCAUAAAGUCUUUGGCUUUAAUGGAUAAUUUCUAUGGCAUAGAUAAAGAUAUAGAAAAUUAUCCCAAACGUUGGCGUAAGUUCUCUACCAGUGAUGUGCCAGAGAGAGAACAAUUUCCGGGAGAGUGGAAGCAUCGCACACCCUUGCAAAAGCUGUGUAUUAUGAGAGCCUUAAGACCGGAUCGUGUUACUAAUGCCAUACGUUUAUUUGUGGAACAAACUAUGGGUCAAGAAUAUGCCCAUGUAAAAACUUUUCAAUUGGCGGAUAUUUUCAGUGAAAUCAAUGCAGCAACACCUAUAUUUUUCAUACUUUGUCCGGGUGUUGAUCCUAUAUAUGACGUAGAAAGACUAGGCCUGCAAUUAGGGUUUAGUACUACAAACGAAAACUUGAUUAAUAUUUCUCUAGGUCAAGGCCAAGAAAUCGUAGCGGAACAGGCUAUUGCUAAAGCUUUGGAUACGGGACAGCAAUGGGUGGUUUUACAAAACAUACAUUUAGUGGCUAAUUGGUUGCCAACAUUGGAAAAACUUAUCGAAAGCAUAACUUCAGAAAGCGAACACCUUACGGAGUCCAAAUUUAGAUUGUUUAUAAGUGCCGAGCCAGCACCUGAUCCUCAGUAUCACAUUAUACCACAAGGUAUCUUAGAAUCUUCUUUAAAAAUAGUUAAUGAGCCACCUUCAGGCAUGGCUGCUAAUAUGCAUAAGGCUUGGGAUAACUUUUCCCAAGAAGCUUUAGAGACCUGCACCCAAGAAGCUGAGUUUAAGUCGAUACUCUUCUCUCUAUGUUACUUUCAUGCUGUGGCUGGUCAAAGACGUAAAUUUGGUCCCUUGGGUUGGAAUAAAGUCUAUCCCUUUAACAUAGGAGAUUUAACAAUUUCCGCCUCCGUUUUACACAAUUAUUUGGAGGGCAGCAAUCGCAUACCUUGGGAGGAUUUACGUUAUUUAUUUGGUGAGAUUAUGUAUGGUGGUCACAUCACCGAUGAUUGGGAUCGUAGAUUGUGUCAGACUUAUUUGGAAGAGUUAUUACAGCAAGAUUUAGUAGAUGGUGAUAUGGAAUUAUGUCCUGGAUUUCCCUCGCCUCCUAAUCUAGACUUUCAGGGUUAUCACAAUUAUAUUAAUGAAAUGUUACCGGCCGAAUCUCCUCUGCUGUAUGGUUUACAUCCCAAUGCUGAAAUUGGUUUUCUAACCAAUGCCUCGGAACAAUUACUCAAAACUGUAUUUGAAUUGCAGCCCCGUCAAUCCGAACUUAGCACAACUUGUGGUGCUCCACGUGAGGAGUUAGUGAAAAUAAUGGCCGAUGAUUUCCUAGAUAAACUACAAGUAGAAUUUAAUCUACAAGCUUUGUUAAAUCGUGUAGAACGUAAAACACCUUUUGUGGUGGUGGCCCUGCAAGAAUGUGAACGCAUGAAUAAUUUAAUAUGGGAAAUCAAAAGAUCAUUGCGUGAGCUGCUGUUGGGUUUGAAAGGAGAACUUACUAUAACCUCGGAAAUGGAACGUUUAGAUCAUGCUCUCUUUUAUGAUCAUGUACCGGAGUCUUGGACAAAUUUAGCUUAUCCCAGUAUGUUGGGUUUACAAAGCUGGUUUGCUGAUCUUUUGCAUCGCAUCAAGGAAUUAUCUUUGUGGCUUAAUGAUUUCAAAUUGCCCUGUAGCAUAUGGUUGGGAGGGCUCUUUAAUCCACAAAGCUUUUUAACGGCCAUUAUGCAGGAAAGUGCUAGAAAACAUGAUCUACCACUGGAUCGUAUGUGUUUGGCAUGUGAUGUUACCAAAAAAGAUGUGGAUAGUGUGACCUUACCCCCUUUAGAGGGAGCUUUUAUACAUGGUCUCUAUUUAGAUGGCGCCAGCUGGGAUUGUCAGUUAAACUCUAUAGUACCUCUACAUCCUAAAGAAUUGCUAUGUCCCAUGCCGGUUAUUUGCAUUAAAUCUAUUGUUCAGGAGAAACAGGAUCUGCAUCGUAUCUAUGAAUGUCCUUUGUAUAAGACUAGAUCGCGGGGCAAUACUUAUGUUUGGACUUUUAAUCUUAAAUCUCGUGAACGUCCUUCUAAAUGGAUUUUGGGUGGAGUAGCUUUACUGUUGCAAGCUUAACUUAACAAUUCACCGAUUUUAAAGCACAUACUAUUCUCCUAGUUCCUGUUAUUAUACUAUAACACUUUGUAAUGCA